AUGAGGCUGGUGUGGAAAUCCCUGGACAAGAUGAGGUGUCUGAGGAAACGCUCCACUAUUCCGUUCCUUGGCUUCCUCAUUACCUUCCUGCUCUUCCUGAACCUCUACAUUGAAGAUGGCUAUGUGAUGGAAGGGGAUAAAAGGCAGCUUAGGGAAACAUCCGCCCACCCUCCCAGCUCAGAACGAUACGUUCACACCUUCAGAGACCUCAGUAAUUUCUCUGGAACCAUUAAUGUCACAUAUCGUUAUCUUGCUGGAACCCCGCUGAACCGCAAGAAGUAUCUUACCAUUGGACUGUCAUCAGUCAAACGAAAAAGAGGAAACUACCUUCUGGAGACGAUCAAAUCCAUCUUUGAUCAGUCCAGUUACGAGGAACUGAAAGAGAUUGUGGUUGUGGUCCACCUGGCAGACUUUGACCUUAUCUGGUGUGAGAACUUGGUGCAGGAAAUCACCAGGAAGUUUGCGCACCACAUCAUAGCCGGACGCCUCCUGGUGAUCCAGGCCCCUGAGGAGUACUAUCCAUCUCUGAAUGGACUGAAAAGGAACUACAACGACCCGGAGGACCGGGUCCGUUUCCGCUCUAAGCAGAACGUGGACUAUGCUUUCCUCCUCAACUUCUGCACAAACCUCUCUCACUUCUACAUGAUGUUAGAGGAUGACGUUCGCUGCUCCAGGAACUUCCUGACGGCGCUGAAGAAGGUGAUCACCUCCAGAGAAGGAUCCUACUGGGUGAUGCUGGAGUUCUCCAAGCUGGGCUACAUCGGGAAGCUGUACCACUCCAAAGACCUGCCACGUCUUGCUCAUUUCCUCCUCAUGUUCUACCAGGAAAUGCCCUGUGACUGGCUCCUCAUCCACUUCAGGGGUCUGCUGGCCCAGAAGGACGUGAUCCGGUUCAAGCCCUCGCUGUUCCAGCACAUGGGCUACUACUCCUCUUACAAAGGAGCAGAGAACAAGCUGAAGGACGAUGACUUUGAAGAAGACUCCAUAGACAUUCCUGACAAUCCUCCUGCCAGCCUUUACACAAACAUCAAUGUCUUUGAAAACUAUGAUGCCACCAAGGCUUACAGCACUGUGGAUGAAUACUUCUGGGGAAAGCCUCCUUCCACAGGAGACUUCUUUGUUAUUGUCUUUAAUAAAUCUACCAAAAUAUGUAAGAUUAAAAUUGCUACUGGUUCUGAUGACCGUCAGAAUGACAUUCUUCACCACGGAGCUCUGGAAGUAGGAGAGAAACUAAUUGGGACUAAAAAAGGCAAACAGUGUUCAUCUUACAUCACAUUAGGGGAGUUUAAAAAUGGCAACAUUGAGGUUCAAGAUGUAGACCACAAAAUUGCCUUUGACAUUGAGUGUGUGCGCAUUGUUGUGACAGCCAGUCAGAAAGAAUGGCUCAUUAUUAGAAGUAUAAGUUUAUGGACUACACAACCCCCCAGCCAAUGAAAACUAUAGAUAAAGACUCUUAGUUUGUCAUCGAGGGAGAUUUUUUUAUUAUUAUUUACUGAUGUAUGUAUUUCCUGGGUUUAUUUAUUCAUUUUGUAUGUAUUUAUUAUAAUAAUUUUGAUUGCCAAAUCAAUCUAUAG